UGCGGCCAUGGGCGAGCUGGGCCCGGAUGGUGGGGCCGAGAAUACGUAUAGCCUGCGGCCCGGCCUCCAGCGCCGAUUUAAAUCAUCCACGGUAAAAGAAUGCAUCCAUGCGAUACUGAAGGAGAAGUUGGCCAACGUACAGUACAUCCCAGAAGAAAUGCCUCAGCUUACAAAGUCUUUAUCAGAGACAAUAAAAGACAGACUGAAAGAGGAGGGAUUUGACAGGUACAAAAUGGUGGUGCAGGUUGUGAUUGGAGAGCAGAGAGGAGAAGGAGUGAAUAUGGCUGCACGAUGUUUCUGGGAUGCUGACACUGACAGCUAUGCUCACGAUGUGUUCAUGAAUGACAGCCUGUUUUGUGUGGUAGCUGCAUUUGGCUGCUUCUACUAUUGAAGAUGGCAAAUAUUGCACAGAAGGACAGAGGUGGGAGAGAACGCUGUAGGGUAUUUUUUGUUAAAGUGCACAAAAGCAUCAUGUUCUUCCUUUAGCACCUAACAAAAUACCAGCUCUACAAAGCAUGUCCUACACCUGUUCUACACACUACAACAUUCCUUCUUCCUUGUGGAUAUUGAUAUAGCUUUAAGCACAAUAUUAUUAUGCCCUUUAUUUAAAUCACCCUUUGUUUUUAUACAGUUGGUUUUGUCCUAAAAAAGUGUAUUGCCAAUAGCCGUUGUUUUUAAGGCAAACUCAACUCUCAUCUUGAAAGGGUUCUGUUGCUUUUAUUUUUGUUAAUUUUCUGAAAUGA